AUGAACCAAACCUGGAAAACAUAUUGCACUCUAUCCGCAUCCUCGAAUCUUAAUCGACGAGUCUACGCCCAAUUACUGAACCUCAAUAGCAUUUGCUCCCGAUUUUACUUAAAUUGUCCCGUGCCGCGCCUUUCACACUCCAUGGCUUCAAUUUCGGAGGCUUUCCCGGCCCCCGAUUCAGCCGGUCAGUUAGUGCAUCAUGACGGCAAAGAGUACCGAGUCAUUAGAGAAGGACGAGCUUACAUCUUGAAACCACCUGCGGAAACUGCAGCCACACAAGCGACAAAAAGGGAUCUCAAGGCCGAAGAUGAAUCGCAGACUGUUUUUUACAAUCCUAUUCAACAAUUCAACCGUGAUUUGACGGUUCUCGCACUCCGCGUUUACGGCGAACAUGUGAAGGCGCUGAAUAAGGUGAAAAAUGAGAAGCGAAAACGAAAGGCUCAAGGGAAUAUCGUUGGGCGAAAUAAGAGGAGGAAGCGGGAUGAUGGGGGGGUUACAGAGGCUAAAGAGCAGGGUAGCAAACAGGAUAGCGAAGCUCAGGGGCCUGAAGAGGAAAGCAAACAAACGACGGAUGCUCAUCCCAAAACGGUUUCUUCUCCCCCGUUCACUAUCUUGGACGCAUUAUCUGCAUCCGGUCUACGUGCUUUGAGAUACGCCACUGAGAUCCCAUGCGUUACUCGCGUCGUUGCGAAUGAUUUGUCGAGCUCCGCGAUUCAGUCGAUGAAAUUGAAUAUUGAAUACAACAGACUCGACAAGCUCAUUCAACCCAACACUGGCGAUGCUCGUAUCUAUAUGUAUAGUCGUCUUAAACCAGCAUCUAAUCCGCAUAAAAAAGACGACACCGGCAAAUUCGAUGUCAUUGAUUUGGACCCUUACGGCAGUGCGGCCCCAUUCAUAGAUGCAGCUGUGCAAAGUGUCAAGGACGAGGGUCUCCUUUGCAUUACCUGUACUGAUGCAGGUGUGUGGGCAUCGAAUGGGUAUCCCGAAAAGUCCUUUUCCUUAUAUGGUGGUGUUCCAAUGAAAGGAACACAUUCCCACGAAGGUGGACUACGCCUAAUCCUGAACAGUGUUGCAACAUCUGCUGGGAAAUAUGGCCUCGCGAUUGAACCUCUUCUCUCGUUAUCGAUUGAUUUCUAUGCUCGCUUAUUUGUCCGUGUCCAUCAGUCACCCGCGGAGGCCAAGUUCACGUCCGGCAACACAAUGCUUGUCUACAAUUGUGAUUCAGGCUGUGGAGCGUGGGCCACCCAGCCUUUGACCCAAACCAGACAGAAGCUUGAUAAAAGGGGGAAUCCGUUUUAUCAUUUCGGAUUUGCACAAGCGCCAUCCACAAACCAGAAGUGUGAGCAUUGCGGAAUGAAGACACAUCUGUCUGGACCAAUGUGGGGUGGUCCUCUUCACAACCCUCAUUUUAUCCAAAAGAUUUUAGACCUCCUUCCCCAAGUUGACAGGGAUGUAUACCAGACCAUAGACAGAGUUGAAGGCAUGUUGACCACAGCACUUGAAGAAGAUCUGAACCUGGAACCAUCAACGGAAGGUGAUACAAGCCAGUCUCCAACCGGCCUGGGUGAAGAGGACACCCAAACCCAAACCGAGGAACUUGUGCACAUUAUUCCCCGUGCAGAUCCCGCCUUACGUGACGCCCAUCCUUUCUAUUUCAGCCUCUCUAGCAUCUCAAAAGUCCUGCACACAACCACUGUUUCGUACGAUGCGUUCCGCGGGGCUAUUCGCCACUUGGGCUACCGCUGCACGCGCAGUCACACUAAACCAAACACGGUCCGUACCGACGCUCCAUGGACCGUUAUUUGGGAAAUAAUGCGUGAAUGGGUGAGACAAAAACAGCCAGUUAAAGAGGGAUCCAUAAGACCUGGGACUGCAGCUGCCGGGAUUAUGGCUAAAAGCCGAGAGAGGGUUAAGGAUUAUUCGCAAUUAACUCUAUUGAAGAAGGAACUGAUCUCUGCCGCCGAGGCUGGCAAGGACACGUCCGAUCUCAUCACUAGAGUGGAAGCUACAUUGUAUCGUUCAGGUUCUCGAACCUUGCUAAACAAGGACCAAAACCCACCCGACCCUACCUCGAAUAUCACAGGCGGAAUUCCACAGCACAGGAACGGCUCUCAAGAAACAACUCUAACAUGCCGCAGCUCGCCCCCCCGCCAGGCUUGCUCGGAGCUUGAAGUGGUUUUUGAUGAAACCCUUGGCCGGCAAACGGGGCGCCGCAAGCGGCUCGUUAGGUAUCAGAUGAACCCGAGAGCUAAUUGGGGACCCUUGAGCCGAGCGUCGGGGGGUUCAUGA